ACUGUUUUUUUUUUCAUAUAAAUACUCCUAAACACCUUCCUCCUCAAAGCUCUCUCUCCCUCUCUCUCUCUCUCUCUCUGUCUCUCUCUCAGAAAUGGAGAAUCCAGCUGAAACAAUGGCCUUCGACAUGGAUUCGCUGCGAAACAAUCUUCCAAAGAAGAGAGGGUUGUCAAGGUACUACUCAGGGAAAUCAAGAUCAUUUACGUGCAUGGCAGAUGUUCAGUGUGUUGAAGAUUUGAAGAAAAAAGAACACCCAGAUGCCAAGAAAAGGAAGAAAUAUUCAGAGAGGGGGGAAUUGCAUAUUCCUCCAUAUACAUGUCGAAAGGUAUCUAGUACCACCCAAUGUGCCACACCUUAUGUUGGUGUGUAGAUAUGAAUAUGAUGAUUUUAUAUAUAUAUUCAAAUAAAUUAAAACCAUUUUGUAGUUGUUUAGCCAUCAAAGCAAGAAACUAUCAUA